CUUCGCGAAAGUAUGGAGUGGCAAGAAGAGGAUGAAUACAGUUCCAUUUUUUCCAAGAGAUAUUCCAUUAUGAUGGCGGAAGAAUCCUCAUUACCAAUUAUUUAUUACCGAUCACAAAAUUUGUUAUCGAUAAAUAAAAAUUAGGUACGGUACUGAUUGUGACGCGGGCAGUGAUGCCGUAGUCAAGGCGACCGCAGCAGCAGACAACCAACACUCCGACUAGCCGUCGACAACAAAAUAUACAGGUUCGUCGGAGUGUGCUGCUCCGCUUUUCCACUUCUACGGUGCCUUGGCUGUCGCAUGGUUUCCUGGGUGACAAGCUCGGCGGUUCCUUGAACGGCAAAAGCUCGGUUGAAAUACGUAGGGGGACACGUUCGGUCGCGCAAGUGCGUCCGGGCGUCGUAUUGAAAGUACACGCCAUUCAUGAAGACAGAUACUUCCUUUCACAAACGGGGAACUAAUAGUGGUAGUGAUACAGUGGGAGUAGAAAGAGGUGAAGGAGUGAUUGCCAUGACUACGACAGGAGCUCAGUAUGCCCUUGCAGCAUCUACCAGAGCUAAUAACAAUGGGAAUAACUCUACAACAGUGGGGGUAGAACCUAAACCAAGCGUUGUUGUCGUGACUACUUCUAGUUCCAGUGGCAGUGGUAAUGCAGCACAAAGUCAAUCUACGAGGGGACAACAACUUAUCACUGUUGUUACUAGUUCUGAUCCUUCUAGCCCAAAUAAUUUGCAACCUAUACAGUUAUUGGUUCAGGAUCCACUUGAAGCAGCUGCAGAUUCUUCCAAUGGCUCAACAGGUACUCCAGCACAUGUUACAGCACAAGUAGUAGUGAAUACUACCCAUUCUGGUCAGCAUACUCUCGUUGAUUCUGAUGCUGCAUCUACAUCUGCUGGUACCAUUGUCAGUGGAUCUCCACAUUUUAUUACAGUAACAGGCACCAGUGACUCACCAUCCUACGCAUCCCUCACAACGGCAGUAGUGUCUGGUGAACCAGAGGCUGUGGGGUCUGAGUCGGUUUCUCAUCCUACUUAUGUUCAAUAUGUUGAGGGGGAUGGUUCCACAUAUAUACCAACAAAUGGCCAGAUGACAUAUCCUGUAUAUGCUGUUGGAGAGGCAGGAGCAAUGUACACUCCUGCUUCUAGUCAAUAUUAUACACCAGCAACUACUCCAGUAACAUAUGCUCAAGUUACUGGUCAAGGUUCAAAUUCUACAACUGGUCAAUUGUUAUCUCAAGGUAAUGGGACAUAUCUUAUUCAACAGAGUGUCGUAGACGGAGAUCCAACAGCACACGCGUUAAUAUCUGCAGCCACUGCACGUGCUAGUCCACAAACGGAAAAUACGGAAACUGUGGUUAGUGGAGGUGGAGGAGCAUAUUUGAUCAGUGGUAAUUCAGGAAAUACUGCUGUCACCGUGGAAGAUGCUGCAACAGCAGCUGCAAAUAUGACGCAUGCCACUAGAGUUUCUCAAGCAACAGUUCAUUGGUUGCUUGAAAAUUAUGAAACAGCAGAUGGUGUCUCUCUUCCAAGAUCCACUCUUUAUAAUCAUUAUUUACGUCACUGUUCUGAAAAUAAAUUAGAUCCAGUAAAUGCUGCAAGUUUUGGAAAACUAAUACGUUCUGUUUUUUUGGGCUUAAGAACCAGACGCUUAGGCACGAGAGGAAAUUCAAAAUAUCAUUAUUAUGGAAUUCGCGUUAAACCCAGUUCUCCUUUAGUUAUGCUAAAUGAAGAUGGAACGCCUCGUCAACAACAAAAUACAAAUUCACAAACGAAACGAUUCAAAUUUGUAAAUCAAAAACAGGAUACUACAUAUGAAAAUAAUCCACAUUCAAAUACAAACAUUUCUUCAAAUAAUUCACCACCACAAUAUCAUCAAUAUCUUGGUGAGGCAAGUGGUGCCAUUCCAGAAUUUCCAGAAAUAAUAGUUGGGCAUAGUUCAUCUCUUCCAGAAGAUUGUACGUUAGAAGAUAUUGAUACGUUCCGUAGCAUAUACAGAGAACAUUGCGAAGCUUUUUUAGAUGCUGUUCUCAAUUUUGAAUUUGCUACUGUUGAAAGUCUUUGGAGAGAAUUUUGGCGUAGUCAAGACAAUAAUAAUGGUGAUGAAUGUGAGGAGGAAAAAUAUUUAUCAAAGACUAAGCUAUAUCAGAUGUGUAAAUGUUCAGAAGUUCAAGAUUUCAUAAGGAAAGUUGAUUAUACGUUUUAUCAAAAUUUGGUAGAAGUAUUAAUGCCUAAUGUAUUGCGACCCAUACCAAGUUCAUUAACACAAUCUAUUCGAAAUUUUGCAAAAGGAUUAGAAUCGUGGUUAACAUCAGCAAUGGCUGAUUGUCCAGAAGAAAUGACUCAAAUAAAGUUGACUGCUGUAUCUGCAUUUGCUCAGACACUAAGGCGUUACACAUCAUUAAAUCAUCUUGCUCAAGCUGCACGUGCAGUGCUUCAGAAUUCUAGUCAAAUAAAUCAAAUGCUAGCUGAUUUAAAUCGUGUUGAUUUUCAUAAUGUGCAAGAACAGGCUUCUUGGGUAUGUCAAUGCGAUUAUGCAAUGGUACAACGUCUUGAAGCAGAUUUUAAAGUAACGCUACAACAACAAAAUUCAUUAGAAGAUUGGGCAAUUUGGUUAAAAAGCGUUGUAACGAAAGUUCUUAAACCGUUUGAAGAAAAACCAACAUUUGCAAAAGCUGCUCGACAAUUUUUGCUCAAAUGGUCUUUUUAUAGUUCCAUGGUUAUUCGUGAUCUUACUUUAAGAAGUGCAGCUAGUUUUGGAUCUUUUCAUUUAAUUCGAUUAUUAUAUGAUGAGUAUAUGUUUUACUUGAUUGAGCAUCAAGUAGCAGUUGCCACAGGAACAACUCCAAUUGCAGUAAUGGGAGACAAAAGUCAAAAUUGCUCUUUAAUUAGUGCAUUUGGUGCCACUUCUAAUGGAGAUACAUCAAACGCGAAUCAACCAAAACGUAUGAAACUAAGCUAACUGCGUGCCUACGCCUUUUAGUUUUGAAAAUAAGCCAUUAGCACCUGAGAAUGACAUUAGCACAAGAGCAUGCAGGCCUAUUAAUACACUAGUCCUAUAAAUUAUAAUUUUAUAUAAGAUGAGAUCUUAUUGUAUUAUGACUUUGACAAAGAAGAUUUUUGCAUAACGAAUGCCCAGGAUGUAUACAAUCUAAGUAAGUUUGUGUGAUAUAACAUGUAGAAUAUGUAAUGCAAUCAUGAGUUGAAAUCUAUUUUAGGAGAUUAUUAUUUUUUUAUUCAUUUUUGAAUCUUUCAAUUAGAAUUAUCUUUUUGAUAAAUAGAAUCCAAAAAUAUUUUUAAUUUUAAAAUUACAGUUAUACAUAUAAAUAAAAUUUUAACUUUAAAGAAAAUGAAAAUUAAUUGGAAUCAAAAGUCACAUGUCUUCUAAAAACGCAUGUUAUUAUCAUAUUUCUAAUAAAAGUCAUAAAAUGAUUAUAUAAAUGAAAUAUACCGUUCGGUUUUUUUUAUGUUGUUCGGUUUUUGCCAUCCGAUUUUCAUUGUUCAAUUUAUAUGAAUAUUGGCCAAUUAUCAAUUAAUAUAAUACUUAUUAGUAUAAUACUUUAUUCUAUUUUUUUUAAUUAUAUAUAUAUAUCUAUAGUGUCAUUCAUUACGUAUAUAAUAGUAUAAAAAACGAGCAUUAUACUGAUUGAUAAUUUUCGGAUAGUUUCAUUUUUAAUUGGAUAAUAAAAAUUGAAUAAUGUAAAAAUAUUCUGAAUAAAUGACAAAAAAUAAAUGACUUAUGUCAAUUUAAUAGAAUAGAUAAUGUAAUUUUUUAGCUUUUCGCACUUAUUCCAAAUGACAUAUUAAUUGCUAAUUAAAUUUUUAUUUUGGAAUUAAGUUUUGUUUACAUUGGAUUUACAUUUUUACAUUAUAGUUUCAUUUUUUCAUAUCUAAGAAGUCAAGAUUAUAUUUAAAUAUUUAUAACUUUUAUCAUCAUGAAUUUAAAAUUGAUAUUUUUGGAUUCUAUUUAUCAAAUACUAAUAGAUAAAAAAAAAAUAAAAAAUUAAUGAUUUCUUAAAAUAAAUUUCAAUGCAAUUAUGCAUAUAAUGCAAUUGUAAGGUAUCGCUGGCACGAUGUUAGUACAUUAAUGUAUUAUCUAGUCGAAACAUCUUUGAAAUGUAUAUGGGACCAUGAAUUUAUCAUGCCCUUAUAGUAUUCAAUAUAAAAAGCUUACUCGACUAUUUUCUUCGAUUAUUUCAAGUUUCUUUUCUUUCAAAAUCUUCAUGAAUUUAAAAAAUUCAAAUAUAACAAAAUUAUUAUUAUUUAAAAAUUUAUCAAUUGUUUAUAAUUUGAAUAUCGUAUCAUUUAAAAUAUUUUUAUUUUUUAACAUAUUACACAAAAAUCAAGUCGAGUAAGCUUAAAUAACAAACAUUAGUUUGUGCAAAAGAAAAGUCGCAAAGACAGCAUUUUUAUGAGGAAAAAAUCAUUUUCCUAUAAUUCAUAUCGACGAAUUCCAUUUUGCACAAAUAAUUGAGUAAUAUUUUACCAGAUCCUCUUUAUCGAUGAUAUUGUCAAAAAAAAAAAAAAAAAAACUAUUCCUACUGGAGCAAACGCAAAUUAGAUCACUAAUAUAAUAUAAUCAAUACAAGUUUUAAGAUUUUCCAACAUUCAUAUUUUUUAAUGUAAUUUAUUAAUUAUACAUUGAGCUAAAAAGUUUUGUUGUGAGAUCGCUGUGUGUGUUACACUAUAUAUAUUCUUUCAGUAUUUUUAAACGAAUAGUACAAAACAGCGACAAAAAAAUGGUAAAAAUGUAAUAAAUGGUAUAAUGUAAUCGUUUUGAUUUACUGAUAGAAUAUACACUAUGGUUCUUAUAUUAAUGUACAUAUAUAAACAGUGUGACGAAGAAUUGCAUAGUUGUUAAAAUUUAAUGAAAAAGACAAAAAAUAUGCAAAUUGUAAUAGUAAACACUGUGAGUGUCUUCAAACAUAUUUCGCAUUUAUUACAUAAUUUUAAUAUAUUUAAAUGUAAAAGAAAUUUGUAUCGAUAAAUGAUUUGUAUUUGUAGACACUCAAAUCAUUUAUUUAUGUAGUAAAAAGUAACUAAAUUUCAAAUGUGUAUUUGUAAAUUUCACGUUACAUUUUUUUGUUACAUAUAUAUUAUUUUAGGAAAGUAUGUCAAAAAUAUGUCAAAAUAUGCAAACUGUUACAAAAAAUUGAAGACAUACAUAAUAUAUUUUUUAUGUACGAUAUUUAUUAAUAUCAUUUUUCAUCAUUUAUGAUAUAUAAAUUUAAUUAUAUAUUACAACUAUUUUUUAAAUAUGAAAAUCGAUUGAAUUAAUGAAGAUACACUAAUUAUUUAAGAUACAAUGCCAAAAGACUCAAUUUUAAUUUGAUAUGUUCAUUUCUGUAAGCAUUUUAAUGUAUUUCGAAAAAGAGUAUAAAUUGUUGCCUAUUGCAGAUUUAUUAAAACUUUUGUAAUCGUUAUUAUGUUUUGUUUUCAAAAAAAUUUUUUAUAUUUCUAAAUUUUUCAUAUUUUAUAUAUUUUCAUUUCAUGUUACAUAUAUAUUACUUUAAUACGGACGUAUAUAUAUAGUUUCAUAUCUUUAGAAACAAGUACAAAAUUUCAACUAAAUUGAUAUGUAUUGCUUAUAUGUAUUAAUAAUGAAUAUUAGAAAAUUCUACUAAAUUAUUUAUGUAAGAUAAAAAAUUCAUUUGUGAUACUUGCAAUCUAGUAAACUUGAAUUACAAUACCAUUUUAAGUUUCUGGAAAUGCUACACGCAUUGUAAAUAAAAUUAAACCUGUAUUUUUAUGACAAUGACUAAUGAAUAUCUGGGAUGAAUAUAUCAAAAUAUUAUUUCUUCCAAAAUUGAGAAUUACAUGUAAGUUCGUUUAGAUACGGGAUUGAUGCUGCAAAUGUAUUUUUUAUUGCAAAGCACUAAUAUUAGAUUUAAGUAGACAUUGUAAAAUCACAUCAAUUUUACAAAAAUCGAAAAUUAUUAUGUCAGAAUAUAUAAAUUAUCUGAUUUUCCAAGAAAUAUCUCAAGUCAGAACGUAUUUUGAAGUAUAGAAAAUAAAUAAUUGCAUAAACGUUUAAAUCCAUUAUAAGAUAAUACUACGUUCUAAUAUUGGAUUGAAAAAAAGAAACUCAUAUAACAAACUAAAUGUUUGGCAAAACUUGGUGCCUUUUAUUUCAUACAAGAAUGAAAACAUUUUUUUACUGUACCUUGAUUAUAUAAAGAAUCGAGGUCAAACGACCAAAAUGAACAAAAUAGAUAUUUAUGCUCUUCCCCUUUAGGGCUUCUUUUAUAAUGUUUUACUUUUUAAAAAGGAUUAGAAAGUUUUUUAAAAUAAUAAAAUAGAAAAAUGAAUUAAAUGAAUGUAUGGAAGAAAAUGUAUACAUUUUGUAAAAAUAGCAAACAAAAAAUAUUGCUUUUUAAAUUUUUUCUUAUAUGAUUCUUUUUGCAUAAAACAUUUGUUUUAAAGUAAAAUUUACUUUGUUGAUGAUUAUAAUAAUGGGUACUAUAUACUGAUUAAAUUUAUUACAAUGCGAUAUUCGCAAAUAGUUUUUACGAAAAUAUAUAUAUAUAUUUAUUUAUUAUAUAAAAGUAUUGCAUACUAGUCAAACUUUAUAGAUUUAAGUCAAAAACAGGGAUUGAAUAUCACACGGAAAAUUAACCAUUGAUUGCGCAUUAUAUUAUUUGUGCAAAAGGAAAAGAUAAAAUAUUUCUAUAACUAUAAUGAGCUUAUACAUGUAAAAAUUAAUGAUAUCUGUAUUAAGUGUAAGAAUGGCUUUCUAAGAAAUUUCUGUUUCUUUUCUUGUCAAUAAUUCAUUCAAUGAUGGCAAGUAUGAUUGAAUAUAGAAAUAUAUGUUAAUUAAAUUCAUUUUUGAAAUAAUAUAUUUAAAAAUCAAAAUCGAACAAAGUGCAUAAAAUAAAUACUAUUUAAUUCAAUGUUUUAUAUGUCAUUCUAUAUUCAUCGAUACUUGCUUGUACUUUGUACUUUUUAGGUAUGAUCGCUGUUUGUAAGUUUCACAUAGUUAUCAAUCAGCUUCACAAAGUGCAAGCAAUUGUAGUCUUGUUAUUGAUAAUGAAAGAUCAAACUUAACACAGUUUCCUAUGUUGCGAAAGAAGACGGCCUUAAAUAAUUCCAGUUGUAAGACAAAAAAAAGAUUUAGUAUGUUGUUAAGAGAUGAACACUGAGAACAAAUGAAAAAAAAGAAAAUUAAGAGAUACUGCUGAAAAAGGAAAAGUAAAAAUAUCGUUUUCCUUAUAACUUAAAGAAAAUAUUUUGAUACCUCCAGAUUUGCACAAGUCGAGUGUCAUUCAUUAUUGCUUAAAUAAAAUUAUUUUUACUGAAUGCAGCUCAAAAUGAUAAUAAUUUGUAUAAAUUACAUGAGAUUUAAAAAGCUCUAAGAAUUGUGUGAAUGUGUGAAUCACAAAAAAAUGAAUAAUAAAUAUAUGUUUAAAACUUGUAA